AUGUUCAAACAAUCUAUUCUACGCCAAACUCGUUUAUUUUCCACCUCUCCAACCAAUUUGGGCUCCAAAGUGUUCUUCAAGACCAACAAGGGUAGAAUCGAAUUUGAAUUAUAUGAUGAUAUCGUCCCCAAGACAGCCAAGAAUUUCUUCACUUUAUGUACUAGAGACACUGGUGCCACGUACAUAAACACUCCCUUCCAUAGAAUCAUUCCUGGUUUCAUGAUCCAAGGUGGUGACACUGAUCACAUGAAGGGUUUUGGUGGGAAAUCCAUCUAUGGUAAUAAAUUCCCUGAUGAAAAUUUCAUCAAGAAACAUACUAAACCUGGUUUAUUAUCUAUGGCUAAUGCUGGACCUAACACUAAUGGGUCUCAAUUCUUUAUUACUACUGUGCCAUGUCCAUGGUUAGAUGGGAAACAUGUUGUUUUUGGUGAAGUCACUAAGGGUAUGGAUGUUGUGAAGAAAAUUGAAGCCUGUGGUAGUUCUACGGGUACACCAAAGGAGGAAAUCAUCAUCGAAGAUGCAGGUGAAGUUAAGGAAUAG